GUUUGUUAGUUGAGAACUUGACAACUAGGUCUGUCCUUUUCAUCCCAAUAAAUUUAAGACAAGGGCGGACUAAUGUCAAGUUUACAAAUAGCAAACACGAUUAGUAGCCAUUUGAACAGGGAGCAAGUCACUUUACUUGCUCAGUGCAUUUAAAUUGCCAUCAUUAUACCUUCCCUCACUCCCACAUUUAUAAAAUUAUAUUACUACUGGAAUAAAAUAUUAGGUGGUUGAUUAUUCUGUGAUUUACAUACCUGCUGUAAAAUAAAUUAUGUCAGGAUUAUUGGCUUCAUUUCUCCAACCACUUAAGCACCUAACACCAAAACUGCAAGUUGCAGCAGAAGUAUCUGGGAUCAAUUUUUUAUUACCAGAGACGUUUAACUUGAGCAGUAUUCGUACUAAAGUGCGUUGUUAUUUCCCCCGACCUAAUGAAGUAAGGAGAGUUCGAAGACAUGGUUGGGAAACAAGAAUGUCUACUCAUAAUGGCCGUAAAAUUAUAAUGAGGAGAAUUCUCAAAGGAAGAUAUGUUUUAUCCCAUUAAAAUAAUUAGAGAAAAUAGACAAUUCUGUAAAAUAAAAUAG